AUGAUGUGGCAGGCAUGGAAUCUGAGGAAUAAUGUAGUACAUGGGGAUGGAAAGGAUACAGUUACAGGAUCAGUGCAGUAUCUUACGAGGUUACAAGAUGAAUUGCUGGUAACUGCAUGUGGUCUAAGGGAGCAUUCUGACAACGGCAAAGUGUCACUACACCCUGCUAAUCCGGAAGCGACAGCCCCCAUUCCUCCUAGUCAUUGGAUAGCUCCCCCGCUAGGAAUGGCCAAGGUGAAUUCUGAUGCGGCUUUCAUAGGAGAGACGGGAGACACAUGGGGUGGCGCUGUGGCCAGAGAUCACUUGGGACGUGUUUUCAUGUCCAUUGGAAGGCGCCUGAACCGGUGCAGUUCAGUGGAGGAAGCAGAAGGGGCUGCAGCGCUGCUAGGCUUGACUGAAUUUGCGAAACGUUUCAGAGGUCAGGUAAUACUAGAGACUGACUGCAUGUGUUUCGGCCGAGAGCUGCAGGGGGGCAUGCAAAGCAGGUCUGCUUACUGUGCCACUCUUGCGGAUGUGAAGGAGAAGCUCUCUUUGUUCUCCUGCUCGGGAAUAAGUAUUGUAAGCAGGAGCAAAAAUAAGCUGGCGCACGAGCUCGCGGCCGUCGCGAGAAGAUCAGGUGAUUUUAUUAUGGUCGCCGACGUCCCAGUUGACGCUAAACAUGUAAUGAGAGACGAAAGUGUUCUUACCAUGGCCUAA